CAGUCCCUCACCAUCUCUCAUCUGAGUCCGAAGCAAGCUACCGGAGAGGGGGAAAGAGAGAGAGAGAGAGGGGGAGAUCGCAAUUCAUCACCAUCUCACCAAAACGAAGAAAUCAAAAUUAGAAUAGCAAAAUUCGUCGAUCGUUUCCGUAGCUGAAACGAAUCGAAUCGAACGAGCAAAGAUGUUACCAACAGUAACCAAAGGACGUUCUUCUUCCUCUCUAUCUUCAUCCUCUUCCAGACCUAAUUCCACUCUUCUUCCUUACCUCCGCAGAAUUAUCAAGUGGCAACAAAUGGAUGUUGAAUACACUUUUUGGCAAAUGCUUCAUCUAUGUACGUCACCAAAAGUUGUCUAUCAGCAUACAAAAUAUCACAAGCAAACCAAGAACCAAUGGGCACGCGAUGACCCUGCAUUUGUUGUGAUCUGCAGCCUUCUUUUGGCUGUUGCAACUUUGGCUUAUUGUGCAGCGUAUGACCAUAGUUCUGGCCAUGCACUUUUUGUUGUCUUCUCAGUGUUGCUUUUCCAUUUUCUAUUGACUGGCAUAUUUCUGGCAACUUUUUGUUGGUUUCUAACUAAUUCUUAUCUUCGAGAAGAGGCUCCAAACAGUUAUGUGGUUGAACAGCGUGUUGAAUGGAUGUAUGCAUUUGAUGUUCACUGCAACUCUUUCUUCCCAAUGUUUGUUUUGCUAUAUGUGAUCCAUUAUUUUCUAUCUCCUCUAUUGGUGGCUCAUGGCUUCAUUCCAGAACUGCUAUCAAAUCUAUUAUUCAUGGUGGGAGCUUCAUACUACCAUUAUCUAAAUUUCUUAGGUUAUGAUGUUCUGCCCUUUUUGGAGAGGACCACCUUUUUUCUGUAUCCAAUUGGUGUAGUAAUUGUUCUUUCUCCCAUAUUGAUUUUGAGUGGCUUCAAUCCGUCUAGAUACUUUAUGAACAUAUACUUCAGCCGGCAAAUAUGAUCAUUCCAGUUAAAACUUUUAACCAGUCUGUGCCAUUUUGAGGUUAUAAGUAAUGGAGACUACAAAAUGAGAAAGCUUUAAUGAAUGUUUGAUUGUUUGUUCGACGAAUGCAAUCCCCGGGAAAUGCAUCAUUUUAGGCCUUCUACUACUAUAAACCGAAGUUGAACUGUAGUAAGACAGCAGGAUAGUCAGUGUAUCUUUUACAGUUAUUAAAUAGAAUUUGUUCAGGUGAAUACAAUCAAUGUAAUCAAUUUUCAUUGUCAAUUCAGCAUUUUUCCUUCUAACAGAGAAAAUUUUAUGUUCAAUA